CAGGAGGUGAUGCUUGCAUUGACUCGCCAAGCAGGCACAUCGCGUUUCUGUGCCUCGACUUCGUUGCGCCUUCACCAUCCUAUUCCUGUCUACCGCUGCGCCUUCUCCACUACCCGCCACACUCCCAGGGAUUUUUCUUCGAACAAAGACACCUGGGCCGAAUUCAUAAAUACCAUAGUCAACCCUGGCGAGCAAGGCUCCACUCACCCCGUCAUUCUUGCUAGGAGAUCCCAACAUCAAGCUCUCCGUGAUUCCUGGUUUGAAAGAGGUGCCAACGCUCUGCAAGAUCGCAUCAAAUACGCCUUCUACAACCAUGUCAUUUCCGCCCGCUUCACUCCCUCAGACAUUCGCAACCAAAAGGCUCUAGCCGAUCUCCGCUAUCCCACAGAAUGGUAUCCCGCCACCCGUACCAUUCACCGAACCAUUCAUCUACACGUCGGCCCCACUAACUCGGGCAAGACUUACCAUGCUCUACAGCGCCUAGAACAGGCUGAAACUGGUGUUUAUGCUGGUCCUCUGCGUCUUCUUGCUCAUGAAGUCUACACAAGACUCAACGCAAAAGGCAAACAAUGCAUGCUGGUCACUGGUGAAGAAAAGCGUGCUCCUGGCGACGACUCCUUGACUGCCGAUUUGACUAGCUGUACUGUCGAGAUGAUGCCACUCAACAGGGAUGUUGACGUUGCCGUCAUAGACGAGAUUCAGAUGAUAGGUAAUGCUGAACGAGGUUGGGCCUGGACCCAAGCCGUACUAGGUGUCAAGGCUCGCGAAGUUCACUUGUGCGGUGAGACCCGAACAGUUCCCCUGAUACGUGAGUUGUGCGCUUCUCUGGGUGAGAAGCUUGUCGUUCACGAGUACGAGCGCCUGAGUCCCUUGCAAAUGGCAGACAAAAGCUUGCAGGGAAAUCUCAAGAAGUUGCGAAAGGGCGACUGUAUCGUCAGUUUCAGUGUCAUGGGCAUACACGCCCUACGCAAGCAGAUUGAACAGUCUACAGGAAGAAAGGUGGCUACCGUAUAUGGCAGCUUGCCACCCGAGACCAGAGCUCAACAAGCACGUCUCUUCAACGAUCCCGAUAACGAUUACGAUUUUCUUGUCGCAAGUGACGCUAUCGGCAUGGGCCUCAACCUGAGCAUCAAGCGCGUUAUCUUUGAGUCGUCGUCCAAAUUUGAUGGAUUCCGUCAAAGAAAGUUGGCUGUCCCGGACAUCAAACAGAUUGCUGGACGCGCUGGUCGCUACAAGAGUGCCUACCAGGCAAACAAGGCUUCCGAGGCAGCGGCUGCCCAAGCUCUUGCAGAGGUGAAGGGGGAGUUACAAUCAGGAAAGGAGACCAUAACCGAAGCUCCUGCUNNGACAGUCCGACAAUUGUUGAGACAUCUUCACAAGACGUGCCACCAGUAUCUGACGCCGAUCCAACGUUGCAGGCCCCUGGCAGCAAGGGAAGAACCUGCCAAGGCUGAAGAUUCGACAUUAGGCCUUGUAACAACACUCGAGGACUUCGAUUUCUCCGUUAUUGCGGAAGCAAUGAAGGAAGAGCCCGAGCCUAUUCGCUCUGCAGGCAUUUUCCCUCCAGCGCCCAUUGUUGAACGGUUCGCCUCAUAUUUCCCUCCUGGUACACCGUUUUCGUACAUCCUCAUGCGACUACAUGAACUCUCUCAAAUGCAUUCGAGAUUCCACCUCUGUGGUCUGAGAGAUCAGCUCUGGAUUGCUGAUCUGAUCGAACCUGUUCAAGGCCUAACAGUCACAGAUCGAAACAUCCUGUGCGCCUGUCCGGCAUCCAAGUCUGACAAAGAUAUGAUCAGUAAACUUCUACCAGCUCUGGCACGUUGUAUAGAACAGCAAGGUGGUGGUGCUCUUUACGAAAUAGAUGAAAUGCCUCUUGAAGUUCUAGAACUGCAGAUGUCGCCGAGCAGAGAUUACCUUCGCCAACUUGAGCAACUGCACAAGGCGGUUGUUGCCUAUCUGUGGCUCAGUUAUAGAUUCGCUGGAAUUNNUUUCUCGACGCGCCCAUUGGCAUUCCAUGUCAAAGGCCUUGUGGAAGAAAAGAUUGAACACGUCCUUCACCAGUUCUCCUUUACGGAGAGCCAGAGAAGAAAGAUCAAGGCGGCACGAGAGAAAUCCUUGAUGGCAGAAGCCCGACGGGAAUCUAUGCUGGCUAAUGAGGAAGACGAAGCGAUUACAGAACUCGACCAACAAACCAGCAUCACUGCAGGAGGUGAUCAAUUUGCAGGAGAGACUGAUCUCGAAAUCAUGGACGCCGCUGAGUGGACUGCGAACGAAGACACUGCUGCCAGCCAGAUUCAGACUACGAAGUCGGACGUGGCCGCAGAUUCAGAUGUCCAAGCAGCAACUCAUGACGAAGCGCAAAGAGUACAGAAGCGCGAAGACUAG